CUUCCUUCUUAUUCAAACUAGAAUAACACCAGCAGUUUCAUAAGAUAUUAAUACAUACGCAUAACUAUAUCUAUAUAUUUAUUGCUAGAUCUUUGACCUCUGAUAAACAAACCCCACAUAACUUAAUAACACCAACAACAAACAGUAAAAAUGGUAUUCAAAGGCAGAUUCUUUUCAUCAAAGAAAUCAUCAUCAUCAGGUACUUCAAGCCCUGAAGGAUCCAAUAGUCCAACUUCCAAUUCUAAUUCCCCAAUUAGAUCUGAUCAUCAUCAUUUUAGAAAGAAACAACAACAACCCCCAAAAUCUUCAACUUCAACUCCAUCUUCAAAAACCCAAAUCAAAAAAGAUGUUACAACAACAACCCAAGUUCCGAUUACCUCGAAACCACCCGGUUCGACUACUCGAAAACCCGAGGUUGUUGCUGUUUCACCCAUCUUGGCAUCUUCAUUGGGUUUGAAUAGGAUCAAGACUAGAUCCGGGCCACUGCCCCAAGAAAGUUUUCUUGGGUUUAAUAAAGAUAGUAAUGGGAAAGGGGGGUCUUCUUCAAUUGGGGCUAGUAAUCUUUCGAAAUCGAAAAAUAGUGAUGGGGUUGGGAUAAAAAAGAUGGGUCUUGUUGGUGAUAAGAAAAAGAUUGAAUCUUUGAGUGAUAAGGCUGCUUCUUCUUGGGCUGAUAAUGUUGGCACUAGUACUAGUGGUAGUAGUAGUAGUGCUAGUUCGGAUUUCGCGAAUAAAGGGUUGCCGUUAGGACGGUCUCCUUUACGAAAUGGAGAGUCUUCAUCUGAAGCUGGGCGUCUUAAGUCAAGGGGAUAUUCUGGAAACUUGAGGAGUUCAGAUAUUUGUACUCCAGAGACGAAGACAUCAUAUGACUGUGAGAAUCCCAAGGAAUCCGAAUCACCCCGCUUUCAAGCUAUACUUCGAGUUACAAGUGCACCCAGAAAGAGAUAUCCCACAGACAUCAAAAGUUUCUCCCAUGAGUUGAAUUCAAAAGGCGUACGGCCUUACCCACUUUGGAAGCCCCGUGGUUUGAAUAAUGUCGAGGAGGUUUUGUCAAUGAUACGGGGUAAGUUUGACAAAGCAAAAGAAGAAGUAGAUGCUGAUCUCCAUAUAUUUGCUGGAGAUCUGCUUGGCAUUCUGGAGAAGAAUGCAGAAAGUCAGCCACAAUGGCAAGAGAAUUUAGAGGACUUACUGGUAUUAGCUCAGAGAUGUGCGAUGACUUCACCUGGAGAGUUUUGGUUGCAAUGUGAAGGCAUUGUUCAAGAACUUGAUGACAAACGUCAAGAACUUCCAAUGGGCAUUUUAAAGCAGCUUCAUACCCGUAUGCUUUUUAUACUCACCAGAUGUACUCGACUCCUACAAUUCCAUAAAGAAAGCGGGUUAGCCGAAGAUGAACUUGUCCUUCAACUUCGCCAAUCACUGCAUUCUGCAGAUAAGCAUAUUCCCGGUGCUUCCAAAGGAUCAAAAGUAACAUCAACAAGGAAAUUCUUCAGUGAGGAACAGCACGGAAUACCCCCUGUGGAUCUGAAGAUAGAAAAGGCCUUAAAACCUGAAAAUCUUUUAACUCCACCUCCCUUAGAAACGAUAAAAAACUCCGUUUCCCCCUCUGGAAGAGACCGAAUGGCAUCUUGGAAGCCAUUUCCAUCUCCGGGAGGAAAAAGUCCAAAAGAAGAAGUUAUGGUGAAACAAUCAAGUGUUAAUUUACAAACAGUAGCUCAUGAAGUGGAUUUGACUACUAUGAAACCUCCUGAACCAGUCAAGGACCCGCUUGCACAAUCUAGCACUCCUAUUAGGCAUCAACAUCGAGUCUCAUGGGGAUGGGGGGAUCAACCAAAUAUCACCGAUGAAAGUUCGAUAAUUUGUAGGAUUUGUGAGGAGGAAGUUCCUACAUUACAUGUGGAAGACCAUUCUAGAGUUUGUGCAAUUGCUGAUCGAUGUGAUCAAACAGGUUUACGUGUAGAUGAACGGCUUGUAAGAGUUGCUGAGACCUUGGAGAAAUUAAUGGAAUCAAUUUCACAAAAGGAUUAUCAGCAUGUUGCUAGAAGCCCAGAUGGUGCUAAAGUAUCGAAUUCGAGCGUUACUGAAGAGGGUGAUCCCAUGUCUCCAAAGCUAAGUGAUUUGUCUCGAAGAGGUUCUGAGGAUAUGCUUGACUGUGUACCUGAAUCAGAUAAUUCUGUUUCCAUGGAGGAUCUUAAAGGUCUGACAUCCAUGUCAUGUAGGACCCGUUUUGGUCCCAAGUCUGAUCAAGGAAUGACAACGUCAUCUGCUGGUAGCAUGACUCCUAGGUCACCAUUGAUGACACCUAGGACCAGCCAGAUAGACUUGCUAUUGGCCGGAAAGGGUGCUUACUCUGAACAUGAUGACCUUCCGCAGAUGAAUGAACUGGCUGAUAUUGCUCGAUGUGCUGGAAACACGCCCUUAGAUGAUGAUCGCUCUUUGGCAUAUCUGUUAACUUGUCUUGAUGACCUAAGGGUUGUCAUUGACCGCAGAAAGUUCGAUGCUCUCACCGUUCAGACAUUUGGAGAUCGCAUAGAGAAGCUUAUUAGGGAGAAGUAUUUGCAGCUUUGUGAGAUGGUUGAUGAUGAAAAAGUUGAUAUCUCGAGUACUGUUAUUGAUGAAGAUGCUCCAUUGGAGGAUGAUGUUGUCCGGAGCCUGAGAACAAGUCCUAUUCAUUCAGGGAAGGACCGGACUUCAAUAGAUGACUUUGAGAUUAUAAAACCAAUUAGUCGUGGAGCAUUUGGUCGGGUUUUCUUAGCGAAAAAGAGAACAACAGGGGAUCUUUUUGCUAUAAAGGUCCUUAAGAAGGCUGAUAUGAUCCGCAAGAACGCUGUUGAGAGUAUAUUGGCGGAGCGUGAUAUCUUGAUCUCAGUCCGCAAUCCUUUUGUGGUUCGUUUCUUCUAUUCGUUCACUUGUCGUGAAAAUUUGUACCUUGUCAUGGAAUACUUGAAUGGCGGGGAUUUAUAUUCUUUAUUGAGAAACCUGGGGUGCUUGGAUGAAGAUGUUGCUCGUAUAUACAUUGCAGAAGUGGUUCUUGCGUUGGAAUAUCUACAUUCUCUACGUGUGGUUCACCGUGAUUUAAAACCAGAUAAUUUAUUAAUUGCACAUGACGGUCAUAUUAAGUUAACAGAUUUUGGGCUUUCAAAGGUUGGUCUAAUUAACAGUACAGACCCUUUGUCUGGUCCUGCAGUGAGUGGUACAGCAUUAUUGGGAGAAAAUGAAUCUCAAUCAUUAUCUGAGAGUCAGCAAGAAAGACGUAAAAACCGCUCUGCUGUUGGUACACCUGACUAUUUGGCUCCCGAGAUUCUUCUUGGAACUGGACAUGGUACAUCGGCGGAUUGGUGGUCUGUUGGUGUAAUACUCUUUGAGCUGAUUGUUGGCAUCCCCCCUUUCAAUGCAGAGCACCCUCAGAUGAUAUUUGAUAACAUUCUUAAUCGUAACAUACCCUGGCCUGCGGUACCUGAGGAAAUGAGCCCUGAAGCCCAGGAUCUCAUUGAUCAAUUUUUGACAGAAGAUCCUAACCAGAGACUAGGAGCUAGGGGAGCAACCGAGGUGAAACAGCACCCAUAUUUUAGGGAUAUUAACUGGGAUACACUUGCAAGGCAGAAAGCUGCAUUCAUUCCAUCAUCAGAGAGUGCUCUGGACACCAGUUAUUUCACAAGUCGCUACACGUGGAGUAACUCAGAGCAGGUAUAUGCAGCCAGUGAAACAGAAAAUUCUAGUGACGAUGGAAGCAUGAGUGGUAGCAGUAGUUGCGUAAGCCAUCACAAUGAUGAAGGGGCUGAUGAGUUUGAGGGUCUAACUGAACUUGAUUCCGGAUAUGCUGUCAACUACUCGUUUAGUAAUUUCUCCUUCAAGAAUCUAUCGCAACUCGCAUCAAUCAACUAUGAUUUGCUCACUAAAGGCUUGAAGGAAGAUCCACCUACAAAUCCUACUGCAUAGAUUACUUGGAGCUCACUUUCGAAGACAGAUGUUUGUAUGCUGAUGAAUAUCAUGUGGGCUUAUCAGCUUUGCUGAUUGUAUAUCCUGUAAAUAUGUAGAAGUAGCCUAGAUGGAAAUACAACGGGAUAGAUCUAUCUUUUCAUGCAUGUUCUACUCUGGGGGGCAGGUUUAUUGAUCCAGUCUCAAAGUAUGACUCCGUUUCUUGUCAACUUAUGCCACAGGGCUCGAUUGUAAUAUUUAUCGUGUUUGGCUAAUCUCUAGGGGUAUGACCUAGUGUUAAAGUUAACGAGUCCAAUAGGUUGAACUUAAUGAAAGAUAACUUAUCAAGUUGUCUUCUGUCACUAGCAUUGGAACAAGUUUUAUCAAGAUUCUGAGGUGUUCUUGCCUUGUUUUCCCCUGCCUAAUGUUUUGUUGGUGAACUUCCCUGUAUUUCUAGCCAUUGUUCCAACAGCAAAAUUGCUUGUAAAUGGUACAUUUAUAAUUUAUAUCUUUUUGACAAUUGUUUCUGACUUGAA